AUUGAUGUUCAUGUAAUGCAGUGGUGGAGUCCGAAAGUGCAACAGGCUUUUAUAAAAAUCUUCAGUGACCAAUUUCCAGAUGUAUCAAGUGACGUUUGUGUGUAUGCAGCAGCGCUAAAAGUCGUCGGUUGGAAACCGUUUAUCCCUUUAUACGAUUUGGCUCGUAAAACACGUGUUUCAGUAGUUGGCGAUUUCAAUGAGCGAAUUCAGAAAGUUACACAGCAUUUUAAGACAAUAUUUGAGCAGCUGACUACGACUAGUAUAUCGUAUGACAAUUUGGCGAAAAUAGCGAAUAAUAGAAACACGUUUGUAGAAAUUUUCCUCCGUUUGGAAGUUGCGACUGAGGCGGGCUUCAACACUGUCUUCAAUGACUGUAACAGACUCGGUGCUUGUAUCCAAACUCAUGUGCAUGACAUUUCUCAUUUGGGCGAAUUGAAACGCAAGUUCACGUCCCACAGCAGCGUCAUAAGGAUUGAAACCUCAAGCUUGGAUGGCGGAAUUCAAGACUGGCAAAAGAAGCCCUUGAAGGAAUUGGCAGCUUUUCAAGGGACAGAACCUGUCUUCAGGCACAAUAAACUAUCUCCUCCUGAAAUGGAAACAGUGAAAAAAUUCUCUCAUUUCAUGAGCAGUCGAAUCUUUGCUAAUAUGGCUGUUGGCGUGGUGCUAACUCUGCUCCAGAGAACUGAAUCCAUAUCGUAUUCAGAGUUUUUGAACCUUCUGCCUAAAAUCGAAGCCAACUUUCUGCAUACAGCUGACCAGUUGGCUUCAGGACAACUGACCGCCAAAGAUGCACAGGAUAUAUUCAAGCAGUUCAACGGCAAGCACAAAACAAAGGAGCAAAAGUCAGAGGAACUCAACUUUUUGAUAGAAACUCUUGCUUCAAAGAUGCCAAACGAGUCCAAAAAAUCUGAAAUAAAAGAUCUCUUCAAUGAACGAAAUGAGCAGGUGCUGAUGUUAGAUAGCUUGGAUCUGAACUUGCAGUUUUUGAGCGCACUCGACGGGCUGAAGAAUGCAGUUGGAAUUGAGACAAAUUUUACGGAAUUGGAUGUUCUCAAAAGGACGAGUGACCUUAGUCGAGUUCAACUAUGCGAACUGUCACAAGACGUGCUGAAGUGCAAUCAAGAAUUUGCAGAAGUGACCGCCGACCAAAUCAAAGCCAUUAAAUGCUUCGUGGAUCAACCAGCAUUCCUUGCAUGGAUCAAAAAGAAAAUGAGAACACUGCAAGACGUGAAAGUUGUAACCGAGCUUGCAAGCCUGUCAGCGGGAGAAGUAAGCUAUGAAAUUGACAAAGUGAAAUGUUUCCAUGAUGCCAUCUUCGGUUAUGCCCCAUUAAUUUACGACCUGAAACCCAACAGCACCUUUGAGCAUGUAAAAACAGCGUACAACAAAGUAUUCGCGAAGCUUGGUACAGAUUGUAAGCUGUCUUCGAAAUAUGAAGACAGUGCUCGACAGUUUUCGUGGUUUGAAAAAGCCCUGGAAACCCAAGGUUCAGUUGAGAAAAGUUCACUUGAAAAAGCACUCCAAAUCAAUAACACGGGUGUUUAUAUAGUGCGAUACUCGCCCCAAUCGGAACGAAAAGUCCUAAUCGAGCCUGAAGAUGCAGUGAUGUUGCAUUACAAAGAAGAAAUGAAAUCAGCUGACGGUCAAGAGACCGAAGAAAAGCGGGAGCUGAAUUUAGCCGAAUUGCGAGAUCUUCUCAGUCGACUGAUGCUGAUAGUCGGCAAAGAGAAACACGAACAUGCUCAAAGUGUUGAUAUAUUCAUCACGACAUUCCAGAACAUUGAACGGCUUUCAUCUUCAUUUGUGACUUUGUACAAUUCUGGGUGUGGUUUUUUCAAUGCUUGGUCUGUUCACAUCAGAACGAGAUCGGACGGGAAAACACAUUCUGCGCUGGAGAUCAAGUUGGGCGACACAGGGAAAAAUUUGUACUCAAAUACCCGAGAGACGAACCUGGAACUUUCAGAUCUCUGUAUUGCAUUAGAGUCAAUUAAAGAGAAAUGGGAGCAAUACGUUUUUGCCAUGCGGUGCCGUCUCCCAAUUUUGAACGAAUUCAACAUGCAACAAUUGAGUGCCCUUUGCUUGGGACUGGCAAAACUCAAACGUAACACGGCACAGAUUGACGGAGCUACGAAAUAUUACCUUGAGUCCAUCGACCAAAAUAUCAGCAAGGAAGACAUUGUUCAGUUCUUGUAUGAUGAUUACGAUGACAAUAGCAUGGAAACUGAAGACAGUGAUUCUCUUGACAUAGAGAAUCAGCCAAUUGCCUUAGACGAACUCACAGGUAAAGCUCACGUGGACGAAAGAAGUGCUUGGCUCAAUUUAAUUGAUAGCUUAAAGAGCCAAUUCAAUGACAAUGAAAAUCUAGCCAAGGCUGGAAUCCAAGCGAUUCGGGAUAUGACUGAUGGAUCAUGUGAAAAUUGCGAUGAAGCCGAUGCUUUGAAUUGGAUCAUGGAUCACGAAGACCAGGAAGAGAUAGUUGAGAACUUAUCGCGGAAGUUUGAAGAUCAUUUUGCUUCCUUGGACAGAACUGAAACUACUGGAACCGGUUUGGACAAGAGUGGAAACAAAAUUGAUCUCAGCAAUUUUGCACAGUCGAUGGAACAUGUUUUUGAUAAAUAUUUAUCAGAAAUGAAAGAAAACUCCCUGGAAAAUUACGUGAAUCUUUUCCAACUUGGGUUUGUUCUGAAUAGGUGCCUAGAAAAGAAGCUCGAACAUGAAAACACACCUGUUGAUUUGAAGUAUCCUGAGCAUCUGAAAUUGGGGAAACCAAACUUGGUAAUUUGCGAAAAGCGCUCUGACAUUCUUCUCUACAUUAUGUCAUUGUACAAUUUCGUCUCAAAGGAGAAAUUACCGGACUAUAACCAAGUUUUGCUAUGCAAUGCAACGACGUCUGUUGCGGAAGUUGAAACCUUCAUGCUCCGUGCUAUGCUGGAUCCCCGAAAUAAAGUGUACUCAAUUGCUUUUGCAGACGAUCUGAGUCCUACUUGUGCAGAUCAAAUGGAGAAAUUGUUGUUCGAAAAAAUAAAGGAUCCGAGGCCAUCCUACAAAUUGAUAGUGUUUAAUUGUGACGAUAGUAGCCAAGUGUCGGUGGCGCUGGAGAAGUUUAAAGCGAGGUUUGUAAAAGAAUCGGAAGAUGACUUGAGAAGCUAUUUGUGUGGCAACUUGAGGGCAGCCGAGGAUGCCAUAGACACUUUCAGAGUCCGAUUGAUCAGUUCGACGCAGCCGUCUUCAGGGAAGUCCUUGCAUGUGGAUCGCUUGGAAAGUGAAACGAAAAAGAAACACAGAGGGAGCUCUCGUGUCAUCCUCCGUCUCUACGACCGAAACGUGGACUUCGAAAGAGUGCUGGACUUCCUAUGGCGACACAAAUCUGUAUCUGUUCACACCAUCAUUCAUUUGGACGUGUCGCCUAAUGUAAUGGAAAACGUGGACGAAUUGCUGUUUAAACUUUGUGUGCUGGGCGGUCUGGCAGAUGAGAGGGGAAAGCUCUUUCUAGCCAAAGAAAAUUUCUGCCUGGCCAUCGAAAUGCUGACGCCGCAGAAUACAUCUCCUUGGAAGCCCCUCUGCAGUUUAAUGCCAUGUACAGUGUGUCUGUCGCCCAACCAAUGUCUACAGGAUAACGAGACGGAAACUAAUUUCAAGCGCAUCAUUGGCCCAGAUCCAAUUCUCAUCCAAAGUCCAGAAUUCCAAAGAUCAUAUCACUAUCUGGACGCCUUCAAUCAAAACAGAGACCUGUCUUUUUACACUUACCAAGGCGAAAUGCAAGAUGGCCGCUUAGUAAUUGAUGUUAUUAAGCGAAACAGUGGGCUCAAUAAUCCGACGUGGGCGCAGCUGUCUUUCUUUGCUAGGUUCUUAAAUCUGCAGUUAAUUGCUUGCGAACAGAACUUCUUUGUCGGAUCUGGAGAGUUCGAAGGCUUCAAAAACUUCUACGUAAAACACUGCCUAAUUGCAAUGGCACAAGACUUUGCACUGCCUAGCUUAAGCAUCGCUGACAACUCGCCUCUUUUUGGUCUAAACGAAAGUGAGACAAACUACGAAGUUCAUCAAAUUCGAAGACGUUGGGAGAACUGUCCACAUCCUUACGUUUUUAUCAAUUCAGACCAAAUGACCUUCACGUUCUUAGGAGUGCGCAUUACUAAUUCUAAUUUACAAGACUGGGGUGGAAAAGUGUUAGCCAGAAAUGUCAUGAGCGCUGAUCUUCAGCAAAAGAUAAAGCGACAAGCUUUCGAUGAGAGGGACGUCUUGGACGAAAACUUCGACGACCUUCAAGUGAACGUGAAACAAAUGAAACUCUGUCGAGUCUUGGGGGUCGAGCCAAACCGGAUCCGCUUUGAUCCCACGUAUGAACUUACCCAGGAUAAUGUCAUGAAGCUGUUGGCUAUUUACAUGCGGUUUAGAUGCAACAUUCCAGUGGUUAUCAUGGGCGAAACUGGUUGCGGAAAGACGAGGUUGAUCGAGUACCUUUGUAACAUUAUGGCUAGAGGAGAGAAUGUGGAAAACAAGAAGUUCGUGAAAGUCCACGGUGGAGUUACAAUGCAAGACAUUGUGCAAAGCAUAGAAGAUGCUGAAAAGUUAGCAAUGGCAAACACGGAAAAAUUUGGAAACGGAUUUUACACCGUCCUGUUUUUUGAUGAAGCAAACACAACAGAGGCGAUAUACGGAAUCAAAGAAGUGAUUUGCGAUUUUAGUGUCAAUGGCCGAAAACUGGACCCUGACUCAGGACUAAAAGUAAUUGUUGCCUGUAACCCGUACAGAAAACACGAUGAUAAAAUGAUCAAGAAACUUGAGUCCCAAGGACUGGGAUACCAUGUCAAGUCCAGUGAAACAAAAGACAAACUGGACUCCGAUAUCCCGAUGCGUCACCUUGUCUACCGAGUGAACCCGUUGCCGCCGAGUUUGUUGCCGCUGGUCUGGGAUUUCGGUCAACUGACUAGUGAAGUUGAGAAUAAGUAUAUCAAGCAGUUAGUGUCAAAGCGAGCUGCCGAUAUGCGUCUCAUUGAAGCCGAUGUUGAUUUCAUCUGCAACCUUCUGAGCCGUUCACAGAAAUUCCUACGAGAAAACCGAGACCAAUGUCUUUUUGUGAGUUUGCGAGACAUAGAAAGGGCCAUGGCUGUCCUGCAAUUUUUUUACUCGAAAAAAGAGACACUUUUGGCUAAGAUGGAUGAACUAGAUUCGAAUUACAACGGCGAUGAUGAUGGUGAUGAAAACGCACCUGAUGCCAUUAAUGAGAUAGCUAGACUGAUGAUUCUAACACUUGGAGUCUGCUAUCAUUCGUCUUUAGAGGAACGAGAGAAGUAUAGAAGGAAUAUCACCGGGUCUUUCAGAGGUCCCUAUAAAUUACCCAAUGGAGCCAAAACUAUUUUGAACGAACUGGAAAUUUGCAUGCAAGUGUUUUUACAAAACAUUCAUCUAGAUGCUAAAGCAAACAUUGCCAAGAAUCUGGCUUUGACCGAAAAUGUAUUCAUGAUGAUAAUUUGCAUCGAGCUAAGAAUCCCAUUGUUCCUAGUGGGGAAACCGGGCAGCUCGAAAUCAUUGGCUAAGACGAUUGUCAUUGAUGCUAUGCAAGGAGAGAGUUCCAGGAAUGAGUUCUUUCAGAUGCUGAAACAAGUUCAGAUGCUCUCAUUUCAGUGUUCACCUCACACGCACGCAGAUGGUAUCAUCAGUAUCUUUAAGCAAGCAGCACUAUACCAGAAAGGCAAGAAUUUGAAGCAGUUUGUUAGCGUGGUUGUUCUGGACGAAAUCGGCUUGGCGGAAGAUUCGGCCAAAAUGCCGCUGAAGACCUUGCAUCCUCUUUUGGAGGAGGGGUACGUCGAAUCCAAAGCAGAGAAGCAAGACUGGGGAAAAGUAGGCUUCGUGGGGAUUUCGAAUUGGGCCCUUGAUCCAGCCAAAAUGAACCGGGGAAUUUUAGUCAGUCGAACUAUUCCGAAAUCAGAGGAGCUGGUCAAAAGUGCGAGGGGUAUAUGCAGAGUAGAAGCUGAAGGUAAACUUCUGGAAAAGUUCAUUCAGCCGUUGGCCGACGCUUACGAAGAAGUGUACAAAGCUCAAAUUAAAGAUGGACACGCGGAAUACUUUGGGUUGCGAGAUUUCUAUGGAUUGUUGAAAAUGCUCUACAGGGCGCAGAUGACUCAACCCCUGAGAACUCUAAGGUGGACGAAUGUUCGAUGUGCAAUUAGACGAAAUUUUGGAGAGAAGAACUGCCGAUAUUUGCAGGUAUUUGCGGAUGAAUUGAUGAAAAAACGAGCAUUUGAAGAUACAAAUGUAGGCGAUGUUGUUGAAACUUUGGAUUUGGUUCAUCAGAACAUCAGAGAGGCGGAAGAACGAUCAAAACUGACUGAAGAAGAGAGAAACUUAGACAACGAAAGUCGAUACCUGCUACUGAUGACGGAGAAUUUUUCGGCACUACAACUGCUGCCUCAGGUCUUGAAAAUAGAAGACUACGAAGUCAUUUUUGGCUCAUCGUUCCCCCAGGAUCAAGAGUAUAUUCAAGUAUGCAAGAACAUCAACAGAAUAAAAGUUUGCAUGGAAACAGGAAAGACGGUUGUGCUUCUGAAUUUGGGAUCGCUUUACGAGUCCCUAUACGAUGCUUUGAACCAGUAUUAUGUGUAUUACGGAGGGAAAAGAUACGUUGAUCUUGGCUUAGGCUCCAAUCGUGUCAAGUGUAGUGUCUCUGAGAACUUCCGGCUCAUUAUGAUUGAAGAAGAAAAAAUUGCCAUAACUUUCCCUAUUCCACUUUUGAACCGUCUGGAAAAACACUUCCUGGGAAUGGAAUCAAUACUCAGCACAAAAUUGGUUGAGUUACGUCAAAAACUAUCUGAAAACUUGGAGGAGUUUUCGGAUGUUCCGAGAACCGACAAAGAAGGCUCGUCAUUCCAUGUCCGCGACGCCUUUGUGGGUUACCAAAAAGACACGACAGCCUGUGUUUUAAUCCAGGCCGAAAAUGACAUCUCUGACCAGGCGACGAAUGAACAAAUUCUGGAAGCAGCCAGUCUUAAACUGGUUCAAACGUGCUCGAUUGAUGCUAUUAUUCGAUCUAGCUCCGACGUCUCAUCUUUCAACUCACAUGACCUGAAAGAAAUUUACAGCAGUCAAGGACGCAAUAGUUUGUCUGACUUCUUGUGGCAGCAAUGCUACAACAAGAAAUCCAAAUCCGCCUUGAUCGAAGUUUCAACAUUUUGCCGAAUUCCAUCGUCCAAAAACAUGAAAGACUGUAAUUUGACUCUGAUGCAAAAAGAGCAGACGCUAGUGUCAGCGGAGAGACAUUUCGUGAUUAAUUUGAAUGUAUUCAAAACUGAAAUCGAGUUCGCCGAAAGAGUGAAAGACUUUUACCGAAUGGCGGCUAAGCAUCCUAAUUUGACAAAAAUACUCUUUGUCACAUGCUCAAGAGGUCAAAAGUUUGUCCCGCUAAUUGCGUCAGCAAAAUACAAAUUGCAGAAUUUGCAUACUGAUUGCAAGAUUCCAAACUUGUACACUUUGUUCAUAGUUGAGCUCCCGAGGAAUUGGUACGAGUCAGACUACAGUAGCUUCUCGGUUGGCAAGUGGGAGAGUUUCCACAUCGAUGAGCUCCUAAGAGACGAAGAAUAUCAAGUUCUGUCCGAGGUUGCUAUCUCUCAAGGUCAGACAUUGAAAGAUCUGUUUGUCCUUGAAAACGGAGAGUGCACUAAAUUCCAGAAAAAGUUGCUAUGUGAGGUUGUAUACGACGCGAUUGGCGAUGCGAACGAAGGUGAUAAAGUUCAAAGAGUAAUCAAUGUUUCACGAUUGUUUGAGCAACAUCAUGUUCCAAGUUUGGAAAUAAUUUUCCUGGAAAAAGCGAGUGCUUUCAUCGAGGAAUCAGAAGAAAAUGAACAAAUUAAAGAGUGGGUCGCACAGAAAGCGGCUAAUUUGCAAGAUUUGAUCGUGGCAGGAACAAUUGAGAACGCCUUGUUCAAAGAACUCCAAGCGAAGAUAAAACCUCAUUUGGCGGAUUUCCUGAAGCUGAUCGACUUUAACAACAACAUUAAACUGUUAUUUGAAGCAAAUUGGAGGAAAGAAGCCUGGAUGAAACUUUUUACCGUGAAAGAAUUAUGUCGACUCAGACCGCAAAACCCGAAAGAAGUCAAAUUUAAUUCUCGGUUUCCGUUCAGUUCUGAAAUUAUUGACAAAUUGAACUCAAUGUGGAUUGAUUCGCUGGAAAAUUAUGCCGAUUCUGAGCUCGAAGAUUGGCAGUUUUUCGUGGAGAGGUUUAAUAAUCAGGGAAGGGAACUUGGAAAUGAGUUAACUGAGAUUUCAAGCGAAGAAGAUGCAGUCGAUUCAUUUGUUCACGACUUGAUCUUGAACGAGUUUUGGUCAAUGUGGAACAACAAAUGUGUUCAAGCCGAACAUGUGAAAGUGAUCAAAAAGGCACUAAAAUCAAUCAUGAAGAGUAACUUGCCCGAAUUCGAAAACCCUACAGUAGCUUUUGCUUUUGCGCACUUCAAGAAGCUUUUGCCUUGUCUGCACAACAUAUCCCCAAUCCUGAAGUAUUUCGGAUCAUUCAAAAUUGGAAAUCCGGAAACCCCCGAGCAGUUCGUUUCCAUGAUAACUCAAGCAGCUCUAGAACAAACUAAAUCGAUGGCUGAAAAAUUGAAGCCGGCCAACAUUGAUCGUCAUGCGAUCCAAGAGCUAGACCAACAAGUGUCCGUUUUGAAAAUGUGCUCUGGAAUUGAACUCGACGAUGAUAAAUUCAAACUCAAGAAAUUAACAAUGCUUUCAACCUAUAUGUCACAGAUUUCGCACAAUCUUGACGAUGCAACUGCUAAAAUGGCAUGUACAGCAUCCGAUACGCUCUAUAAAGCUGUGAGUUCAAAAACUGCAGAUGAAUCAAUUUUCGGAACCGAUAAUUUUCGAAGUCGAUUGCUCUUUUGCUUGAAUCGAUCCGCGGACACAGUUAUUCAACAAUGCGUCGAGACAGAAACUGGUCUCAAAGACUGUGCCUUUUGCAGAAAACCAGUAACUGCUAAAGGAGCAAUCCCUUUCUCACUUCUAUGCGCUGGAGGUCACGCAGUGCAUGAGUCAUGCUUGACUGAGAAAAUGGAAAAUAUUACUCAAGGCGAAACGGUCACGUGCAGUUUCUGCCAACAGAGCCUUGAUUCUGAGUUGUUACAGGCGAGUACAAUGUUUUCGUGUCAAACGGAGCCUCAAAAAUUGCAUUGGAAACAGUUUUGGCUGAAUAUUUCCAAUGUAUUUCUUGGAAUCGUCAAAGAAAACGUGAUCGCAAUUUGCGAGGAAGAGACGCUCAAAAAGUACUUGGAAAUUUGCGUUGCUCCUAAGAGUAGAACCAGCAAAAAAGACACGGCUUGGAUCACGGAUCAGACCAGACAAGGUCUUCUGACAUUUAUUGCGACUAGUGAAAAAGGUGAAAAUUUGGACGAAAUUCUAAUGGCGAUUAUAAACGAGGACAAGGAAACAGGUGCCAAUGAAAUUGAUCUAGGCCGAACAUACGAUAUGCUUCUUUCAGUUUUUGAGUACGUUUACCUCAAUGAAAGUCUUCAGGUUACAGAUGAUCUUAAUCGCGAAGAGAUUUCUAGCGUUAAUCAAGUCCGAUUAGUCGCUAAGGUAAAAAUUGCACUAUCAGAGUUUAUCGUCAAAUCAGUUGUACCCAAUGCUUAUAAAGGACCCCAAGGAUUCACAGACCAAGUUCCUAGAUUGGUUACAGAAAUUUUAAAUGAUACACGAGAAAUCGCCGAAUGCGUUAAGCGAUACUUCAUUCAGUGUUUAUGCCGUGAUCAUGGAAUGGACGUGUACCAGCGUGUGAAGACAUUCCCGCAACUUGCUCCCCUGAUCCCCCAAAUUUUGCUCACUUCACAGAGCCAAGGAUUUUCAGAUAUUUUCCUCAUUUUUAGAGAGGCAUAUCAGACGCCUUUCAGCGAAGUAUAUACUAGUUUGGUCACCGAUGCUAACGAAGGUCUUCAAAGGCUUAUUCAAGUUAGGGACCUACAGAUGAAAAACAUAGUGGCCUACCGCUUACUCGCAGAAAUAAGGUCGAAAGAAAAUCGACCAGAGAGCUUUGCACAGUUUGAGGAAGCGAUUAUGACAAGUACAGUAAUACAAGGUUUAAGUAGAAGUAUGAUAGAUAGAAAUGAUAGACUCGCCCCAAACAUGGACGCUUUGAGGCACUUUUUGUUUUAUUAUCAGACAUUUUUGGAGGUCGAAGAAAACUGCGGGUUCUUGCAACCGUUCAAGGGCAUCUUCAUUGCACGUGGAAGAGCAGAUGGACUUUACUUACCGACGUUUCCAGAUAGUGGAACUAGACGUGCUAGAAUGAUGGGGCAAGCAAUUGGACAAGGCUUCACUACUUGGAACCAAUGUGCAAAUGGCCAUCUUUACAUGAUUGGUGAUUGUGGAGCUCCUAAUCAAGGUGGCACCUGUCCAGAAUGCCGAGCCCCUAUUGGAGGAAGGGCUCAUAACGCCUUCAAUGCCGGUAAUCAAUUGUUGGGAAACCGCGAUGCCAAUAUCAACGUCGCAAACGGUCAGGUAGUCACUGGCUAUGUACAUAACCACAAUUUGAACGUCUUCGACAGAGCUUUUCUUAAUGAGUUUAAUGGAAAUGUGAUGCAAUUUUUUGUUCACGCCACAUUGUACAUCUGUAACGGUGAUCAAGAAAUGCUGGCAAGAUUGCGCACAAAUGUGCGAAACUUAGCCAGGACUUCUCUCAACAGAAGUGAAGAAGAUGCUUUGAAGUUCUUCUUGACUGUUGUGAUAGAUUCUUCUACGAGUAGAAACAUUCAGGGAUCUUUUGCAAAUGAGGAUCAGCGCGAAACAUGGGAAGCGAAUUUCAUAAACAUCAUCAACAACACGCUGCAAAAAUUGCCUAAUGUCAUUGCUACUUAUGAUGAUGCGUUCAAAAAUGAUUCGAGAAACGAAUCCAACAACCUUCUUGAAGUGUUAACUGAAAGAACAGAUAGAGGCACUGAUGAUAAUGUUAUGGCUAGCAGAACAUUUUGGCGAAGACUCCCAAAGGUCAGCUUGGCGAGCGUGCGGAACGAAUUGAAUGCGAAUGGUGAAAAAUACAAGUUGCUUGAUUGCAUAUUCAAGAACAAAGAAUGGCUGCCAAAACUCCGCCAUGUUCCUGAUUUGUUUGAGUUUUUCAAUAACAUUGUAUCAUACUAUGAUCCGGACACCUUGCAUAGCGUAUUGACGCUGGACAGUUUCCUGGGUCAGCGAAAAAUCCCCGAACCAGUGAGAAGAAAAAUGAGAGAGGUCUCUAUAGUUUUCUGCAAAUUAUGGAAUGAACAAAUAAGACAUAUGCCAACAACCGGAGGCAUCGACUGCCUUUUUAAAGAAAAACUGAAACUGGACUCUUCUCUGAAGUACUUCCUUCCUUCUCGUCACGUGAGCGACUGCUGUGCUCUGGUCACUUUGAAUAUCUUGGUGAACAAAAACAACGAGUUCAUUGAAGCGUAUAGAUCGGCUCUUCACAUUGAAACCCCUGCCAUGGAAUUGAAUAAUGGAGUUGUGAAGAGUGAACACGUCGUUUCGGUUUCCAAUGUCGACCGAGAGUUGCUGUCGGUGAUUGCGAACUUCGCCACCACGGAUGCACAGGCAGAGAGAGUGCACUAUGAUCUGAGUGGGAUAGAAGGAACCAUUGGACACCACCUGUUCAAGUUCAAGCCCCUCAUCAGCAUGAAGAUUAUGAAGCUGAUGACAAAAUCAUCGAGCACAAAAGACGCUCUGAACAAUGCAAGGAACUGCAUCGAUUUCGAAGAGAAGCUGUCAAAAAGUGAGGCUAAGAAGAUACAGAAGAAGUUCACAGACAUGCCUGAGGUGUGCAAGAUGUUGCGACAGUUGAUACUCCUGAUGAAAUACAUGGAGAAGGAUAGGAAGGAUGACCCCAAACAGCCCAUCGGCGAGUUCCUCCAAAAAAUCAGCAUAGACGCUAUGCCAGGAAUCAGUGACAUCAAACUUGAGUCCUGUGUGUUCCUCUGGCAAGCACUGGCACUUCAGAGAACCAGACUGAUGCUGGAGCAUCAGGACGAAGAACCAUACGCCGGGAUCCAACAACAGUUCAGAGAAACUCUCAACUCGGAGCAGAAACAGGCGCUGGACAAGCUGCCUGCGCCGAAGAAAUAUGUGCUGUUGACUUACUUGAAUGAGCUGAUUGUGCUGAAUUUGGACGAACCUGAUCUGAUGAAUCCAAAUUUUCACAUUGUGGACGACGGUUUAGCGCCCGCGUAUUUCGACGAUGACCUCGACAAUUUGAAUCUACCAGAAUGGUGUCAACUCAAAUACGCAGAAGACAUAAUCAAACAUCUCAUCCAAACAGAAGGCUGAAAGUUUCUUAUUUCAAUCCAACUUUUCUUAUUUCCUAACAGUUUCCUACCUAAUACCCUACAAAACUUGAGAGAUUGAAAAAACUUAAAUUGAUAUCAUUCCCUAAUUGUUGAUCACUAGACAAAUUUUUAGUUAGAUGUAUUAUAUCACUAAUUGAUGAUGAAUUUCCCAGUUGCUAUUAUAUGAUGCCCCAGCUGGACUUCGGUUAUGCACAGAUGAAAAUUAAUACCCUGUAAAGAAUUAAUUUUUGAGUCUUA